AUGUUCCGGCUGUGGUCCCAAAUCUUCCUUUGGGGACUGCUGGCCACCGGUACUGAGGCAGCAGUCAAAAGCGUUACUCCUCGACGAGUUACAACUAAAACUGCUACAGUAUGGGAAAUUGUCACCUCUUCUUUCGUGGAAACCCUCUACGAGCGCCAAGAAGGACUUUGCGACGUAGGAGGGAGCCUGGAAUUCUGCUCGGAUGUCCGGUCCCAAUGGUUCUACUCUAACGAGUUCGGUUCCAUGAAUAGCACAGGUGGAAACCCAAGUGCCACAACUACCACGAAAUCGCCAAGCGCCAGCGCCAGCGCCGAGUUCCAACAAAUUCUAUCUGGUAGUGCUUUCCAACUCUUUGUCACUCAAGAAAAUGGAACUAUUGCUUAUGUCUCCAUUAACUCGGAUGGGUUUGCCUACCUUAUCGGCUCUCGAACUGGGCAGUUGUUUCAAUGGUCAGAAUCUACUCUAAAGACUUAUGAAACGAGCCCCAGAAGCUUCUUAGCAUUACCGGAUAACGAGGCUUCCCGCCGCAACAUAAGAUUGGCCGAUAGGCAAACUUUAACCAACUCCACAAACCGUGGGACAAUCAAGGCAUCAGAAAUAAUUCCAGAUGGUGCAUCGACAAACUUCACAUUGAUUCUGCGCCAAGUUGAUACAGAGUUAGUAUUAACAUGGGAACAACGGGAAUCUUUAUUUGGGACCGGGGCAGGGUGCACCACAAACUUGGCUGCCCCGGAUUCGGUUUUGGCGUUUGGUACAGCAGAUGAUUAUGAUACUUUGCCGGGUUGCGCUGUGGUAUCCCUAUCUGCAAGAGUAGCCAGCGGUGUUUCUUCACUGAGCAGUGAUGUAAAUACGGGUACAGACACGCAAACUGCGUCCGGGUCAAGCUCUAGCGGUGCUUCUAGGAGCGCAUCAAGAAGUCCUAGUCAAUCUGGUGUUUCUAACGGUUCAAACAGUCCAAUUGAAAGCUCUGGCAGCUCCGAUAGUUCUGAUAACGACUCUAUAACUUCAGUAUCUAGUUCCUCCGGCUCCAAUCUACCCAGCUCUACUGAUUCCGGACCGAUAACCUCAAACUCAGGCUCCUCGACGACUUCCGCCAGCCCAGGUUCAAGCGGAACGUCCUCACCCAGCAAUACCGACUCGCCUGAAUCAUGUUCUGGCACUACCUGCUCAUCUUCCAGCUCGGAUAGCAGUAGCUCGGUCAGUAGCACUACCUGGGGCUGUGUAACUGAAACCCCGAUACCAGCGAGUCUAAGCUGCCCCAAUCACGUUGAAUGGGAUUAUAUUACUCUUGAUAAAGACGUUUAUAGCUUAUGCACCGGAUACAGUAUUUCUUUGACAUCUAGCCUCACAACCGAUGCUGAUGCUAUUAAUCCUGGAACGAUUAGCCUUCUCCCCUGUCUGGAAAGUUGUGUGUCUGCCGGCUAUGAAGGUGCUCUAUUCAGUGCCCAUGCUCAAUGGGGUUUUACUAAAAACACCUGGCAAUGUGGGUGCGGCACGACCACCAAUAACUUUGUCCUCCCAACUGUGUCACCGAUUGGUAUGUUUACGUCAAAGACUGCCGCUGUCUUUAUUUGCAGUAAUACCUUCGACUACACCGGUUCAACAAACAACCCUGCCCGUGAUACUAUCACAGUCCCGCCAGUAUCCGAGUGCUACCUCCCUGUAACUGACAAGGUUUCAGCAUUUAAAAGGUGUCCCUAUAACACCGCCAAUACUUGGCAAAACGUAAUAUACAGCGAUGGUCAAGUCGUUACAUCCUUAUGUCGCGGUGCGAAGUUCGCCACUACAUCCGACCUCUUUCCAUGGUCCACUUUUACUACUUACCCAAUUCCAGUGGAUAUGACUACCUGCCUUCAAAGCUGCUCAGCGGCAGUUGGAUAUCCCAAUACUUGCCCGGGUGUCGCACUUGUUGUCGACUCGACCUCACUAUCGAAUGGAUACAGGGCAAAGUGUGUUAUGGCUACUGGAGACGACUUGGCACUCAUCACAACAGACCCUGCUGUCGCAAACACUCUUCGAUGGCUCACCGCUGGAGAACAUCUAUGUCCGAACGGUUUCGCACUGCCAUCAUGUGCUGCAGCAAUAGCAGCAACCCCUUCUACUGCCACAUGCUGCCCCGGCGUAAGGUCACAGCAUUUAUAUACAUGGGGUUCUAGUGUGUUUAAUAUCUGCGAAGGGUGUAUGUGGGCAGUUGCAUCCACCCUAGGGCCUAUCAAGACGGGAACAGCGAAUCAGAUAUUUUAUGAUCAGUGCAUUUCGAGUUAUUGCCUGGGAGGUGAAACGUGCUCUGGCAUAGGUGUGCUGACAUCAACAGUAAUAGCAGGAGCUUCACCCAUGUAUCAAUGUGUGAAAAUGGGGGCCAACGACGCCACCAUGACCAGUACAAUUCCUGUAAAUGCUGGUACAUCGUUCUAUGGUACUAAUGUCGCCUUUCUCUGCACUAAUACUUUCGCGCUGCAGCCUUCUCAACCAAUCACAUCCGACCUUGCGCCGGUCUACCAGAUUUGUACGCCAGCUACUCAAUUUUUGGGUUUUGUUAUAUGGCCAAGCAUUUUUGCGACUACGAAAGCAUUGUAUGAUUGGGGGGGUCUCGCGGUAACGACAUCUGACCUACUGACUGCAGGCUGUACAUAUGGCUGCACUGAAAACAACGGCAAAAGGCCGAGCGACCAACCGACUUGGGGGCAGCUCUGCAUGGUAGCAGUUACUGCAUCUGCAAAGUAUUGGGAGGUCGUUCGAGAAAAAGGAAACGAUGGAAAGUGUUACUGUAGAUGGCCACAAGAUAGCGUAGCAGCGCAGGCUUUUACGCUUUCAUCCUAUACUGUUAACACCGAUGUUAUCGAAGUUUACGCUUAUACAUCCCCCGGCUCAUAA